AUGUCAUUUGUUCCUUGCGUGCUCCCUGCCCAGUGCUGGGGUGGAACAUUCACCUACGAACGAUGCUGCUUGCAAGAGUCCUUGAUGUCAGAAGCAGAUGCUCGCGAAAUCCAAAAGCUUACCGACAAUAUGCUGGAUUGUGGGUGCGAAGUGCCCGACUUGGGGCCACCAGCCUUUCAGGGUGGCUCAUUCACAUGGUGCAAGUAUCGUCAAGCAGUAAUGUUGAAUCAGGACCUGCGGCCAUUUUAUAUGCCCUUUCUGGAGCUCUCUGUGGCCAUGCUGAGUGCUUGCCCGCUUGGGGCCCUGUCCAUGAUGCUCCUCGAUGCGUCGUUGAAGAUGACGAACUCGCAGGUGCCCCCGGACUUGAAGAAACUGCCGAGCUUCUUGAGGGCGCAGGAGAUGAUGCAUCUGCUGCUGCAGUCGGAUUCCUUGUCCCUCAUCGGCAUGGCGACGUCCGGAUGGAUGAUCUUCAACCAGAUGAGUAACCUCCGUGGAGCCGUGCAGAGACGUUUGGGUGGUACGUGGGGCGAUGUUGCCCCAUGCCUGCAGCUGCCGGGAGCUGGGACCCAUGCAGCCAGGAUUUACCAGCUCGUCACUGAUGCUGUGAACUUUAUGCCUGUAGGCAUAACCAGCCUCCUUGAGACCUUGCUGGAUGCAAGUGCAUCAACCAUAACUUGCAGUCUGGCACGUGCUGGCCUGCUGUUGAUCGUAGCGCAGUCCAUGCUGCAGCAGACAGUUCAGCCGGAAGAAGAGGCCAUCGCAAAAGUGCCAGGAGUGCCACCCGGGCCUGGCAUGGAAGCCAGGAGCCUGCUGCGAAUAGGCGAGGCCAGCCUACGCCAAGGGCUGGACUCAGAAGCCAAAGCCUGCCGACUCGAAGCACUGGGCAUUUUGAUGGCGUCUCCGUGGCCAAUCACCGAAGUCUUGGAUCUUCUUAGCUAUCCUGGCCGGCUGGUGUUGCCGGUCGCCAAUGCAAUGCAGACUCUUCUGGAAUUGCGACAGGAACAUCCAUUGCUGGAGCGGGCCCUGACCGCGGCAAGUGGCCACAGCGGGAGCAAUGCCGAGCCCAGGAGCUACAUUUUCCGCGUGAACCCAUACCGAGAAAUGGUCAGCGAUAUGGUGCGCUACACAAAGCUUCCAUUCUGUGGCUUGCGGCCGUUUAUGCGGAUGGUUGCAGACGUUGCGAAAGAUGCACUCCAAGCGGGCUGCGCGACAAACGCUGCAUAUUUGGGUGAUGCAGAGACCUGCAAGUUCACCUUCGUCGAAGGAGGCCCUCACCUGGGCGACUGCGCAUUGUGGGCAUCCGCAAGCCUUCGCCUGGCUGGGGUGCAGACGCGGGCCCUUGCUUUCGAACCAUUACCUGAUGCAGCCACCCUGUUUCAACAGAGUGUGGCCGAGAAUGGCCUAUCUGCAUCUGUGCAAGUGCGCAAUGCAGCUCUUGGGCAGAUGACUGGCCAAACCGAGCUGAUCCAUUUCCGUGGUCACAACGGCCAGGCAACCGUGAAUGACUACGAUUUCCCAUCGCAAGACAGACGUGAGGUUGUGACAAUACCUGCCGUAGAGGUGGCUUUGGAUGAUGAAGUACCUGCGAACUGGCCGCAGAUUGAUGCUCUUAAGUUGAGCGUUAACGGUGCUGAACGAAACACACUUGCAGGUGCCCGAAAGCUGCUGUCGAAGAGACGGGUUUGCUCUGUCCUCAUGCAUGCGACGAAAUGCAAGAGGGGCAGACGUCCGCCUUCCGAAGAUCCCGCUCCGAAUUCAAGGGCUUCCAAGUUUGCUUAUGAUUUGAUGACGUUUCUCAGUGAAGGGAACAUGGAUGUUUACGAACACAAUGAUGCCACCUCUGGACAAGGACGCGGACGAGUUCAACGAGUUCGCUCGGCGGACGAGAUGGAUUCAAUCUUCGACCAUCCUCAGCUUACGGAGCAGGCCCUAGCCCUAGCUGCGCGGAUCUUAUCCCUCCCACUUUAUCCGGCAGUUCAUUUGCCUGCUGCAUGGCCUUGCACGGCAGCCUGA